AUGAGUGGCCAACAAAACGAUACCCACGCUCGCUUCACCGAUGCUCACGGAAAAGCCAAUCGCGAUCAAGACACCUUGCAGAAUCUUCACUCUCACGACGCGGCUCUGAGGCAAAGGCAAUUUAUUUUACAUAGUUGUAUAGCUCAUUCCGCGCAUUCUUGUCACAAUUUUUGUUUUUUUGCAAGCUACAGAGCUUUUCCCUUUUAUGUCGCUGUGGCACGCAUGUUUGAGACAGUGCUAUAGUAUGUUCAGAUUUCAAAUGUCAAGUCCUCGCUGAAGCCCCGCCCCAUAAUGGCGCGAUAAACCAAUCAGAGAGCGAGCCAUCCACAGAGCAUUUUCGAAUGACGUCAUUCUUCUUGACAUUCAAAAUCUGAACAGACUAUACGGCGGCCGUUCAAUAAUGCGCCGUCAGUUUCGGAGCCAAGUAUUUUUUUUUUAGUUUUCUUUCUUUCUUGCAAUAUGUUAAGGACAUAUUUCUCGAGGUUACAAUGUAAGUUACGUCGCAAAAAGUACUCAAUUUUUCAUUUUAUCACUGGAAAAAACCUAUUUAAACUACCGUAACACGACCGACCUCCUUAAACAGGAGUGCACGUGCAUGCGCUUUUUAUUUAGCCUGAGGUUUCCGUUAUAUUGAAGGCGCAUGCACAGAGACAGACCGCCCGAAUCGAAGAGAAACUUUCCCGAAGGGUUUCACAGUGUUUCCAAACAGGCGGCAGAUGUGGUCAUUGGGCGUGGCUGCAUGCAAUAGUGGCGCGAUAGUGGGAGCCGAUUUUUGUGUAUUUACUGGAUUUAUGACACUUAAUGCCUUUUUUCAGGAAAAUUCGUCGCAUGAAGUCCGAAAACAUUUUUUGCAGAAAAAAAAACUCUGGAGCGUUUUCUCAAAAAAACAUAUUCUGAAUAUUUAGGCACGAAAAAAAAGAAUGAAGUGGCUUCGGCACAAAAGUGUAUAACUCAAAAAGUCGUUUUUGAUAACAUAUUGUCAGUAAAACGUCGGAAAAAAGUUUUGAAAAAAAAAAGCUUUCGCGUUUAUUUUAAGAAACUCAUUCUGAGCAUUCUAAAACAAAAACAUGAACCAAAGAGCUUCUGCAAAAAAAGUUACUUCUCAAAAUGUCCUUUUAGUCGAAAUUUCGGGAUCAUCUCGAUCAAAAAUUAACUCAAGUACCUCUCAAACGCAUCAAACACGGUUAUAUUACACAACAGACAGUGAACGAUACUAUAAACUGAAAAAAUGCGCGAGAAAAAGAGAACCAACCUAAAUUCAAAUUGAAUGAAAUUUUGAGAUGUUGACACGCGCCGCACCCCGUUGCGUUAGAAAGAACUCGCAUUUUUGCCACUUUUUGACUACCAUUUAUUUUUGCUUGCCCGUUUUGAAACACUGUGAGAUCUAUAGCUGGGAGAAUCGAAAAAAAAACUGGCGCGGAAUGGGCUUGAUAGAUUUAGUCGGAAAAAAUUUCAAAUUUUCUCUCUAUUAAAGCAAUUGGUUUCAUUUCAGGGAUCCAACCCAUCACGAUCGCACCAUGUGCGGAAACGACAGCCAGGUACAAAAUUUUCUGUUUCUUUCACUAUAGGCUGAAUCGAGCCUUGUCCAAAUCUCUCUAGAAGUUUUUAGAGAGCCAGCGUUGUCACGAAGUUUUGCAUGAGUGACCUUUUUUUCAGGAGUACCGCAUCGGGGACAACUGCAAGGAAAAGCAGAUCGGAGGCAACCUGGUAUGUCAUUAAUUUUUAUUUUUUCGAUAUUUCUGUUUUCUUAUAACCAUUAACUUUCAAUAAUUACUAACUACGAUGGCCCAUGUGGAAGUAUAAUUCCAGACUUUCAGUGCUGCGAAAAAAAGCAAAACACGGGGCAAAUCUCUACUCACUGA